CCAAUAUUGUUUGACUUCCUUUGACUUGGAGCUCUCCCUCUCCUCUCUCUCUCUCUCUCUCCGUGUGAGCAUCAGCAGCAGCGCAGCCACAAUGGCCGUCAGCAUAGUAGACUAUGAACUGCCACACGACACCCACAAUGUGUACGACGUGUCAUUUCACGGCGAUCGGAUCCACACUCUGGUCACUCACAGCUCGUCCGUGGUGGAUUCAUGGCUCGCCCAAACCAAUCUCCAGUCCCGAAUCGUAGGGCUUGACGUGGAGUGGCGCCCCAACUACAACCGUUCGAUCGAAAACCCAGUGGCCACGCUGCAGCUCUGCGUGGGCCCCGAUUGCCUGAUCUACCAGCUCCUCCACACCGAGCACAUUCCCCAGGCCCUCCACGCCUUCCUCGCUAAUCGCAGCUACACAUUCGUCGGCGUAGGCAUCGGCAGCGACGUGGAGAAGCUCCUCCUUGACUACGGGCUGCACGUGGCCAAUGCGGUUGAUCUUGCUGUUUUCGCAGCGCAUAGAUUUGAUUCGACGGAGCUGAGGAAUGCUGGGUUGAAGGGAUUGGCCAGGCAGAUGCUGGGGAAGGAGGUUCAGAAGCCCAAUAGGAUCACCAUGAGCAGAUGGGACAAUCAGUGGCUUACUUGUGACCAGGUUCAGUAUGCUUGUGUUGAUGCUUUUCUUUCCUUUGAGAUUGCUAGGCAUUUGAAUGUUUGAAAUAUGGGUUUGCGUUUUCUAUGUCUAUGGAUUUAGGUAGUGGGUUUUAGAUUGCAGGAGCUUUGGAAGUGGAAUUGUUUCAAAUGGGUUUCUUUAUCUUGUUGGGAAACUUUAGAAAUUGGGAUCAGCAUGCUGGUUUUACUUUCUGUCUAAUCAACCAGAAUUUAGGGACUGGAUAUUAUUAUUAUGCAGUUUUGAGCUUGUUUAUAAUGGCUUUGGGUUUUUCAUGUGAGAAAAAGUUGUAACUUUUGAUAUUAGUUGGAUUGAUUGGAUUGGAUUUGGAUCCUAUUGAAAGCAAUAUGCAUAGUUUGUAAUG